UUCAUGUACAGGGAUGAAUCGGGUCUCCUACUUAAGCUAAUGUGUCUUUUAAAAAUAGAAAUAACAAUGAAAGGUGUCGUAGAAAAAUAAAAACUUGUUGAGUCAGCUAGACUCAUUUUAACAUUGACUGCUAUAUACUACACGUCUACACCCGUUAUACAUAUCAUCCCAGUUUGCCCACGGCUCAACCACUUAUCUUUCCCUAAACAACAAUUUCAAAUAAAACGACAAUUACGAAAGAAGCGGCGCCGUUGGUAAAACAAAAAAAAAAAAACCAGGUUUAGGCAUUUUUAGCAGCGCUUAACACGUUCCUUGUUUUUGUUCCUUUCUUCUUCUCCGUCUAUAUACGAUAAUCCACCAUUAAAACUCUGCAAUUAAAAUGGCGAAUUCUCACAUAAACCCUAACUUUAUAUUCUUCCCUAAAAUCAAUCCUAAAUUAAUACCACCAAACUACACCACCCUAACUAAGAAGAGACGUUUGACCUUCAACUCCGACAAUGGUUCCGUAUUCGACACGAUUAAGCUUCUUUCCACAGCAUCUAUCAAUGGCGGCGAGAAAGUAGUGAAGUGCAAAGUGUCCAAUGACACAGAGUGGGGAGAAGAAGAGGAGGAGAGAGAAAGAGAUGGGUUUUUGUCGUUGUCGGCGUCAAUGAUGAAGGAAGUACAAUUUGUACGGUGGUUUCGAGAAGCUUGGCCGUAUUUUAGGGCUCAUAGAGAUGGUACUUUUGUCAUUAUCAUCUCCGGUGAGAUUGUUGCUAGUCAUUUCUUAGACCCCCUCUUAAAGGACAUUUCGUUACUCCAUGGAUUAGGGAUCAAAUUUGUGAUUGUUCCUGGUACCCAUGUGCACAUUGAUAAGCUUUUAGCAGAGAGAGGAAGCAAGGCUCGGUAUGUUGGGCCAUAUAGAAUCACAGAUUCUGAUUCCCUUGAAGCAGCUAUGGAAGCAGCUGGAAGAAUACGUAUAAUGAUAGAAGCAAAACUUGCUGCUGGACCAUCUUUAUGUAAUAUACGCAGACAUGGGGAAAAUAGCCGAUGGCAUGAUGUUGGUGUAAGUGUUGCAAGUGGAAACUUUUUGGCAGCUAAGAGAAGAGGAGUUGUGAAGGGUAUUGAUUAUGAGGCAACUGGAGAAGUCAAGAAAGUAGAUGUUGCUCGUAUUCGUGAGAGGCUUGAUGCAGGGUGCAUAGUGCAACUGAGUAAUUUGGGUUAUUCCAGCUCUGGAGAAGUACUAAAUUGCAAUACAUAUGAGGUCGCAACUGCUUGUGCCCUGGCUCUCAAUGCCGAGAAACUUAUUUGUGUGAUUGAUGGGCCUAUUUUGGAUGACUUUGGACAUCUUAUCCGCUACCUCAGCCUUCAUGAUGCAGACAAGCUUAUUCGUCAACGAGCUAAACAAAGUGAGGUUGCUGCUAAUUAUGUGGAAGCUGUUAGUCAGGAAGAUCUCAAAACUCAGGAGCAGUAUCAGCUCACUGAUACCAUCCCAUCUCUGUUGAAUGUAAAUGGAAAUGCAACAUUUCAAAAUGGUCUUGGUUUUGACAAUGGAAAUGGGUUAUGGUUUGGCGAGCAGGGUUUUGCUAUUGGUGGUCAAGAGAGGCUAAGUAGGCUUAAUGGUUACCUUUCAGAAUUGGCUGCUGCAGCUUUUGUAUGCAAAGGUGGUGUCCAAAGAGUUCAUCUAUUGGAUGGGACGAUUGGUGGAGUCCUUUUGUUAGAAUUGUUUCAGAGAGAUGGUGUGGGGACAAUGGUAGCAAGUGACGUGUAUGAGGGAACCCGAAUGGCUAGGGAGGCCGACCUUGCUGGAAUAAGACAGAUACUCCGACCUUUAGAGGAGUCUGGCACUUUAAUCCGACGGACUGAUGAAGAGUUACUUGCAGCAAUUGAGUCUUUCAUUGUUGUGGAAAGAGAAGGUCAGAUUAUUGCUUGUUCUGCUUUAUAUCCAUUCUUUGAAGAUAAAUGUGGGGAAGUUGCUGCCAUCGCUGUAUCUCCAGAAUGCCGAGGACAAGGGCAGGGUGAUAAGUUACUAGAUUAUAUUGAGAAAAAAGCAUCGUCCCUUGGAUUAGAAAUGCUUUUUCUACUAACCACUCGCACUGCAGAUUGGUUUGUAAGACGUGGAUUUUCAGAGUGCACCAUUGAUUGCUUACCGGAAGAAAGAAGGAAAAGGAUCAAUUUAUCCCGCAACUCCAAGUAUUACAUGAAAAGGCUGGUUCCAGACAAGAGUGGGAUAGCUGUUAUGUGACCUUAGUAGUUAUCUCUAAGUAGUUUAGUUAGUUACACAAGUAGGGCUUGCACUUUCAUAGUUAGUGAUGCUUUUAAAAAUGCAAGUUAGGACUAGCUUCCCGAGAGAUAGUACAGGUGCAAUUUUGUAGAAGAGGUCAGGUUAAUGUAGUCUAUCCUGCAGAGUGCAGUUUUUUUUUUCUUUGCUGAUAAUGAUAGUAUAGGUGCUGCUGCUGAUAAUGAUGAUAGUGUGAAUAAGUUUAUAUGUAUAUGUGAAGAUGCUAUGUGGUUAUACUUGUGCAUACAAGGUUUAUUAUCUCUGUUGAAUCGAAUAAAUCUCAGCUAUUGUUUUCAGUUAAUAAUGCAAAUGGUUAUCGUGAAAGAA